AUGAAAGUAACAAAUAAAAAAAACGUAGUUAAAGCUAUUUCUGCCAUCAGCCAAAACCAUAAUAUUAAAAGGAAUAAAAUAAAACGAUUGGCAGAAAAGAAAGGUAAAAAAAGAAAGAAAAUAUCUAAAAAAGCUUUAAUUGAGGCCGGAUUGAAAAAUGAAACAAAAAAACCAAAAACUAAAAUAGAGUCUACUAUAAAUAACAAUUUAACAAAAUUGACAAGUAUCAGUUUUCAAGGUGCGUCAGGCAAUUCUAGUACUGUUUUACAUAAACAACAAAAACAAGUUGAAAGAGACAAAAAACCAGUGUCCUUUAUUAAGAGAAUGAAAGAUAAACUAAAAGGUGCAAGGUUUAGGUACGUUCAUAAUAUUUUAUUUUUAUUGUACUUUUGAUUUAUUCAUUUUCAGGAUAUGGACUAAAAUAAAUAAUAUUAUGUACACACGUUGGUGAAUACAUAACUUUUGUAAAUUUCAUAACUGCUUUUCGUGUCUUAUUGAAUACCUGGCUAUUUUAUUAGGUCCUGAAAUUUAAUUAUCACCUAUUAAUAAUAUGUCAAAUGUAUGUCUUCUGAGUAAAACUGUCUAUUUAAAUUCUUACUAAAUUUAACCAAUUUAACACAUAUAAUUCUAUAAUUUUGAAUUAAUUACAGGUGUAUAAUAAUUAAUAUGUUACAUGGUUUUUCACAAUAGCUUUAAGCAAGUUUUUGAUUUGUUGAUAAAUUUUAAAUAAUUAAUUAUAUAUUAUAAAACAUAUCUUUUUUUAUAAUAAAGUAUUUUUAUUAAAUUUAAUUGUUUAAUUAUUUUUUGAAAAUAUUUAUUUCACUCUUUUUUAAACCCUAUUUGAUAUGUAAUAGGUAUUUGAAUGAACAGUUCUAUUCGUCUACCAGUCAAGAUGCUUUGCAAUUUUUCUUAAAAGAUCCUGAGGCGUUCAAAGCCUAUCACAGUGGAUAUAUGCAGCAAGUAAUUCAAUGGCCAGUAAAACCUUUGGACGUUAUAAUUAAACAAAUUACCACAAUGUAAGCUAUAUUUAUUUGUUAAUUAGUUUUAUAUUAUGCAAACAAAACACUUAUUUAAUAUAAUUAUAUUUUUAUUUGUUUAAGAUUGAAAAAUUCUAAGAAAAAUGUUGCAACAAUAAUUGCAGAUUUUGGUUGUGGCGAUGCUAAACUGGCUCAGGCAUUUCCUGAAAUUAAAAUUCAUUCAUUUGAUCUAAUUGCAGUCAAUCAGUAUGUAACUGCUGGGGAUAUGGCUCAUACUGGGUUAGCCAAUGGAUCUGUAGACAUAGUGGUUUUUUGUCUAUCUUUGAUGGGCACAAAUUUGCAGUCAUUCAUUAAAGAAGCUAAUAGAGUUUUGAAAAUUGGGUGAAAUAUAUUUUAAUUCAAUAUUAAGUUUAAUUAUUUGUUUGAUUUUAAUAAAAUAUUUUAUUUCUAGAGGUUUGAUGAAAAUAGCUGAAGUUGAGAGCCGAUUUGAUAAUAUUAGUAUAUUUGUUACCAAUCUAACCAAGUAUGGAUUUGAAAAUACUAAAGUUGAUCAAGCAAUUGAAAUGUUUGUCUUCAUGGACUUCAAGAAAACUCAAGAUAUAAGCAAGACAGCAAUAAAAAAAAAAUUACCAAUAUUAGAAUUGAAACCUUGUAUUUACAAAAAACGUUAA